GUCUGCCAGUUGCCACAGUGUUGGUGAACGUGCAGCGUCUACCGACUGUCGAGUCGUUGUAAACUUAAGCACGUGUGGUGUAUGUGUAUUAUUUUCAUUAACCUCAAAAUUAGUUAUUGUCAGUUUCACUUGUUUUUCGUGCCAGUUUUGCAACAAUCAUGAAGGAGUUAGCAGGACCUAAUUACACAGUGACAGUGGGAAGCCAUGUCAUCAUUCAAAAGUUAAAUUUUAAAAAAGUUUAUCGAGUUACGGAAACCGGCUCGUUAGCUUUAGGCAGAGAAGAAAUCAAGAUGAAUGCUAUCAUUGGCAAACCGUACUGGAGUACUUUCAAAAUUAUUGAAGAAGAUAAACAAUUUAAAAAGGCAAAAAGGACGGUGUGCUACUUGGAACUUGCAGAAAAAUCAGAUUCCCUUCAUGAUUUGAAAAAUGCCAUAGAAAGUGGUAGAGAUAAUAGAUCGAUUAAUGAUGAUGGCAAGUCACAAAAGCUUUCGAAAUGUGACAUCCUCGAAUUGAAAGACGCCGGCAAAUCCGGACGAGAAAUUGUUAGCUCCUUGAUUGAAAAUAAUGCAUCGUUUGCAGAAAAAACAGAAUACUCACAAGAAAAAUAUAUUAAGAAAAAAGAAAAAAAGUAUUGUCAAUUUUUGUCUGUUCAUAGGCCCACAUUAGCUGCUCUUCAAGAAAUAUAUCAAAGGCAAGAUCCACAAAAAAUUUACCAUCUCCGAAUGGAUACACUAGCCCAGAUUUUUUCAUACUGCAAUAUCCAGGCUGAUGGUAUGUACAUGUUAUAUGACAGUGGAACAGCUGGUCUUGUACCUGCUGGUAUGUUAUCAAGAAUCGGUCAGAACACAUCUGGUAAUUUAAUUUAUCUUCAUUCUGGAGAUCAUCUUCCGCAAAUGCCAAUUAUCAGAGCCAUGAAUUUUCCUCAAGAACAGUCUGACAGAAUGACGACAGUGAGCAUAUUUGACUUUUUAAGAACUUUUGGAAAUAAUGAAUCCAAAAAUCCUAUUGUGAUAAAUGAUACAAUUCAUGAAAAUUGUAGUAACGGUAACAAUGAAGUUGAAAUGACUGAAACACCAAUAUUGAAAAGUGAAAAUAAAGUUGAAAGUGAACAAGACAAAGUUAAUACGGAAAACAUCAAUGAUUUGAAAAGAAAAAAUGAGGAUAAUUUAUCAAGUGAAGAACCAGUUUUGAAAAAAUCUAAAAAAAUUCUUGACUUAGAGCAAUCUAUGGAUCUUAUAUCAAAAUCCAAAGCUGAUAGUUUGGUUGUUAUUGCCAAAGAACAUCCAUUGAACAUUGUAACUAAACUAUUACCAUUUGUCAAGUCUUCAAGACCUUUUAUAAUUUAUCAUGCUAGUCGAGAACCAUUGCAAGAAACAUACAUUGCUUUGAAACAAAAUAGCAGUACUAUUAAUUUAAGAUUAUUUUCAAGCUUUUUGCGCUCCUAUCAAGUUUUAGAAGAAAGGACACAUCCAGAAAUAAACACAAAUAAUUGUGGAGGGUACAUAUUAACUGGUUACACUAUAAGCUAGAUAUAUUUUUAGA